GAACUCCCCCACCUCACAGCGACAGACCACGCGCACCAAGCGAGAGAGAGAGCGGUGGCCGAGUUUGGGAGCAGUUCCUCCUCCUGCGUCGCGCCCGAACCGGAGCAUAUUCCACGCCGGGAUCCCCUCCCUCCCUCCCACAUAAACGCAGCCCUCCCCCGGGGAGAUAGAGGAUGAGAUAGGACAGCAUGUGUUCUUGACGGGAGUCCAAUCCAAUCCAAGGUUGAUCUCUAUUCUAUGGAUGCUUCAUUAUCUAGCAUCCCAUUUUGACAUGGAAUAGCAUCAUAACCUUAUUUAAUUCUAAUAAAAUAAUUGGGCUCAGGAUGAAGAUCUAGUGCCAUGCUGUCCUAGAUCACUUGCUUAGUUCUUAGGAUAACAAAACAGUCUCAGAUAGUGGAGAUGAUAUUCAUCCAAGUUUUCAGCCAAUUCUCCUUGCGGAGAUAGAGCUGUAAUUAUACUAGACUUGUAUUUUUCUUAGAAUCAACAUAAAACUUAGUUGUCAUCAGUCAAACAGUACUGGAACAGUGGUGCCGUCUUGAAAUACUUGUGGCAAGCAGUUCAGCAGUCCAGCUGCAUUUCUAGAUACUUUUUGCGUCCCUUAAGUGUCAUGGAGACUUCCGUAUCUCCGCCAGGCACAUCAAAGCAAGCUGUUGCUCGUAGGCCUUGUCCUGGAAGCUCUCUGAAGGAUCUAUGCCUUGUUUCAAAACAAGGUUCAAUAGCUGAAGUGGAAUCUGCUUUGAUCUUGUUGAAAAAGAGUGGUGCAAGCAUUGACGGUAGAAAUGCAUUUGGCCUUAGUGCCCUCCACCUUGCAACAUGGAGAAAUCACCUUCCAAUUGUCAGGCGGCUCCUAGACGCUGGUGCUGAUCCAGAUGCAAGGGAUGGGGAAUCUGGCUGGAGCAGCCUCCACAGAGCACUUCAUUUUGGCCACUUGUGUAUUGCUGGUGUUCUUCUGCAGUUUGGUGCAUCCCUCAACUUGGAAGACAGCAAGGGUCGUACACCUAUUGAUCUUCUCUCUGGCCCUGUAUCACAGGCCAAUGGGGAUUCUCCCGAUUCAGUUGCAACGGAAGUCUUCAGUUGGGGAAGCGGAACAAACUACCAACUGGGAACUGGCAAUGCCCACAUACAGAAACUACCAUGCAAAGUAGACGCCUUGCAUGGAUCAUACAUCAAAACAGUUGCUGCAUCUAAGUUCCAUAGUGUAGCACUUAGUUCUGAUGGUGAAUUGUACACAUGGGGGUUUGGUCGAGGUGGUCGUCUUGGUCAUCCAGAUAUUCAGAGUGGCCAGACUACAGCUGUGAUUACCCCUCGCCAAGUGACAGUAGGAUUAGGCCGUAAACAAGUCAAUGUUGUGGCUGCAGCCAAACAUCAUACGGUGAUUGCUACAGAGUCUGGGGAACUGUUUACCUGGGGAUCAAACAGAGAGGGUCAGCUUGGUUACCCUUCUGUCGAUACCCAACCAACACCAAGGCGUGUUAGUUCGCUCAAACAAAGGAUAAUUGCUGUAGCUGCUGCAAACAAGCACUCAGCAGCGGUUGCCGACACCGGUGAAGUGUUCACAUGGGGUUCCAAUAAGGAGGGUCAGCUAGGCUAUGGCACUUCAAACUCAGCAUCCAAUUGCAUUCCAAGGAUGGUAGAGUAUUUGAAAGGAAAAGUAUUGAAAGGUGUAUCUGCAGCAAAAUACCAUACACUAGUUUUAGGGGCUGAUGGUGAGGUGUUCACUUGGGGCCAUCGCCUCGUGACUCCUCGCCGUGUUGUAAUAGCUAGAUGUCUUAAGAAGGGUGGGAAUACAAACGUGAAGUUUCAUCGUAUGGAGCGACUUCAGGUGAUAUCAGUGGCUGCUGGAGUGAUGCAUAGUACUGCUCUAACAGUGGAUGGUGCUCUUUUCUACUGGAAUUCAUCAGAUCCUGAUUUAAGAUGCCGACAGAUAUUCUCAAUGUGUGGAAGGAAUGUUGUGAGCAUCUCGGCUGGAAAGUACUGGACUGCACUGGCUACAUCAACUGGUGAUGUUUUCAUGUGUGAUGCAAAGAAACGUAAGGAGGAAACUCCAAUGUUUACUCGAGUGAAUGGUGUUAAGCGAGCAUCAUCAGUUUGUGUUGGUGAAACGCAUAUGCUUGUAAUUUCUAGUAUUUACCAUCCUGAGUAUCCGCCCAAACCCAAAAUCCAAGAUAAAAAGUCCUCGAUAGAAUGGAGUGGUAUGAUGGAAGAGUUGGAUGAAGAUAUCCUUUUUAAUGAUGUCCAGCCUGAAACUGAUCCAGCUGGAAACAACUGUGCAAUGAGCAAAGGCAUACCCAGUCUGAAAAGCCUCUGUGAGAAAGUUGCAAUUCAGUAUAUAAUGGAGCCAAAGAAUGCUAUACAACUUCUUGAAGUUGCUGAUUCUCUGGAAGCCAAGGAGCUCAAGAAGCACUGCGAGGAUACAGCUAUUCGCAACCUUGAUUACAUUUUCACAGUAGCAGCUCCUUCAAUUAUGAAUGCCUCUCCUGAAAUUCUUGCGAGCUUGGAGAGGUUGCUGGAUGAAAAAUCCUCUGAGCCCUGGAGUCAUCGCCGUCUUCCCACAGUGACAGCUACUUAUCCUGCUGUCAUUGACAGUGAUGCAGAGGGAGAUGGCACUGGAGGAUCCCCUAGAUUCAGGGACAGUCAGAAACCUGCAUUGAAGUCAUAUGGAAUGCCAAGUUAUGGUAACUUCCUUCAGAAAGAAAGCAAUGCUGAACAAGCUGUCUCCAAGCAGAUCAGGGCACUUCGCAAGAAACUGCAGCAGAUUGAAAUGCUUGAGGCUAAACAACUGGAUGGUCAUAAUCUUGACGAUCAACAGCUAGCAAAGCUAGAGUCUAGAGCUGCCCUUGAAAGUGAGCUUGCAGAGCUUGGCUUUCCAUCGGAAGCAUUCUCAAGACCUUCAGUUUUUGUGCCAGAAGGUAGGACAAACAAAAAACAUGAGGGAUCUAAGAAACAGAAGAAAUGCAAGCAGGCAGCACAAUCUGAUACUCCCUCUAUAAAAGAUGAGGAAAAGGAGCAAAACCACAUUAAGGAGCUUUCAGAAUUCUUGCCAGCCCAGGGCUCUUCAGAAAAGGAAGCGCGUGCUACUGGUCCAAUCAAGCCAUCAGAGGAUGUCACUUUCAGUAACACAAAAGCCAUCUCUUGUCCAUUAGGGAACAAAGCUUCCCGGCCAACUUCUUCAAAGAAGAAGAAUAAGAAAGGUGGUUUGUCGUUGUUUCUGAGUGGUGCUCUUGAUGACACCCCAAAACCAAGCCUGCCUACUCCUGUUGUGCUUGUCACGCCAAAGCAAGAAGGGCCUGCCUGGGGUGGGGCUAAGAUAACAAAGGGGCCUGCUUCUCUUCGGGAUAUUCAAAGUGAGCAGAAGUCGAAAACGCAUGAUCUCAUGACAAGCAAACCAAAAGAUCGCCAUGAGGAUUCACCUGACAGUGCUGGGCGUAUGCGACUUUCUUCGUUCAUGCCAGAUGUGUGUUCAAGUCCAAUAUCUGUUACGUCUGCUCGCGCAGUUCCUGCUCAUGAAGGGGACAAGAGUACACCACCCUGGUCAUCUUCAGCUACCUCGCCAAACAUAUCACGCCCUUCACUCAGGGACAUACAGAUGCAGCAGGAGAAACGGCAGCAUGGCAUCGUCUCCCACAGUCCCAAAACCCGGACAUCAGGCUUUGCGAUACCAUCCCAGGGUGCAGUAGCAGAGAUUGGUGGCAUCAGGGAUAACAUCCCCAAUCGCUGGUUCAAGCCAGAGAGCGACUCCACAUCGUCCAUCCGGUCGAUCCAGAUCGAGGAGCAAGCGAUGAAGGACUUCAAGCGCUUCUACACCAGCGUGAGGAUCAUGAAGCCGCAGGUCUAAGUAACGACGGCCUCGAUCAUCGAAAAGAGUUACUGAUCUUAGGCUCACCGUCCUGUCCCAGUGUACAUUCAAGUGUACAGUCAGUCUCCAACUAACUGUAGGAAUAUACCGUCAAAUAAAAAGUUUCAAAGCUUCUCUCGGCUUUCGUUUUUCGCAGAAAGCAACUCAUUUAGCUGUGAGAUCUGAUCACCCUGCUUGGCGGGCAUUACCGUCUGCCAAUGUUCAUAAACUGGUGCUCUUUUGCACUCAGCUUUUCAUUUAUUUCAAGUCUCACUUUGGGCACC